AUGGACUCGUUAAUAAGACAAAUCAGACAGCGAGUUCCCAUGGGGAGCCUCGAUUGGAAUUCAGCUAUUGAAAAUGCAUUUCCAAGUUUAGAGGAGCAAAACCUUCUGCUAUCUGAAGUUACAAAAUGUGCAAAGCUCAACCCUUUCUACGCCAAGCAUAUAAUUAAGAAUUUUGUCGAGAAAUUGGAGAGAAGACAAAGAGAUGGUGAUGAAUCGGGCCUGGAUGAUGCUUUGUACGAGAAGUUAUACGAGCUUUUGCCAGCAAAGGCACUAGAUCCUACUGCUACAGAUAUUCUAGGAUAUACUAUGAAGACCAGCACGGAAAAUUGCAAAGAUGAUGCUGUUGUUUGGAUUAGAGAAUCCCCUAGACUUAUUUCUGGAAUGGGAACAACCGGUAUGCGCACAUGGGAGGCUUCCUUGUUUCUUUCGCAGUAUUUGGGUAUGGUUCUGGAUGGAUCUAGUGGAAAAAGUGGCUUGUUGGAAGAGAGUAAUAUGAAGAUUUUUGAAAGCGUAAGAGAUGAUUUUGUAGGAAAAACGGUGCUAGAAUUGGGAUGCGGUACGGGCUUUGUUGGGAUAUACAUGCUGAAACGGUUUGGAAGCCUGUUGAAACAUCUUAUAUUUACAGAUGGUGACACGCAACUUAUUGACCGGAUGUCUUCCAACCUAAAUUUGAACGACCUUAGUGUGGACAGCAAGAAAUUGCAAGUGCGGAAACUUUGGUGGGGUGAAGAUGAUCUUCCAAUGCAAAGAGUGGACACUAUUGUUGCUGCUGAUGUUACUUAUGAUGCAUCUGUUAUUCCGGAUCUUGCAGAGGUACUGGAUGAAGCCAUGAGUCAGGAUAACAAAGUUUAUGGAAGGGUGAAUGUUGCCUACAUUGCCGCAACAAUUCGAAAUGAAGUGACAAUUAAGACAUGGGAGGAAUAUUUAGAGAUGGGUAGGCAAGACAAAAUAUGGACCUGGGAAAUUAUCGAAUCGACUAAAGAUCCUGUUUGUUGGAAAACAAGCCUUCAAAGUACCAAUCAAUUGGAUAAUAUUUGGUAUCCAGUUGGAGUUGCGGAAAUCCGCAUAUACAAGAUUAGCCGAGUUAUAGAGAGAAAUAUGACGAUUGAGGAUUGA